AUAAUUAUGCCAGCCUAUAAAAGCAACUUGGAAGUGCAGAUCAAGCAGGAUCAGAAACAGGGGAUGGGUCUGAUAGAUCACGAGCAGACCGACACGUUCCCAGUGUGGAAAUUUAAGGGAGGUUCAACCACGAUAUACGAAGAGAGUAAUAAUGAAAUGCAUUUUGCAGAUCAAGUCUACACCGAGAGUGCUGAGAUGUUGCCCAACAAGAAUCAACUCCUGAAAGUGAGCAAGUCAAGUAAAGCUUAGCCAAAUCUCAACAUUAUUAGAAAAUCAAUACGAAAUCCUGUUGUCCGUAAUGCAGCCACCCUUCAUGGUGGUCAAGGACAUCAAAUCAUCCAAUGGGCCUGAAUAUCCUCUUGUAGUUAAUUCCAUCAUCCGUCUGGGAAGAGUGUAUUUUAUUAUACUCUAUUAAUUUAAAGUGAGUACAAGGUCAUUGAAGAACGCAAUAAACACUUGCAGACCUUCAAGGCUCCCUGCUCCAUCAAGGUACGCUAAUUAGGCAAUCAAAUUUUAGUAUUCCUUCCUCAGCGAUUCCAAUGUGACAUAUCAAUGUAAGUUUUGUUUCAUGGAAGGAAGGCAGAGCAAGGAUCAACUCUUUCUUACUAAUAUCUGUCGUUGUGCUGGCAAUGGAUAGGCUGUUCAUCUGGAAUGUUUGCGUUAUUGGGUAGAUACAAAUAUCAAUAAGGAAGUAACUCAAUUUGGUUUGACACUUAAAUGGUUAUUUAAUUCUCCAUAUUAGGAACAAACAACAUGAAUGUUCCAUCUGUAAAGAAGGUCUCCCUAUACGAGUUCAGUAUGAGGAUGAAUUCUAUGAUCUUUUUACACUCGAACGACCUGAUUUACAAUACAUCCUAGUUGAAGUACAACUCCAUCACUAUUCAUUAGAACAUCAAUAAGGACAAGAAUUUAUGCAAUGAAAUCUAUUUAAUCCACAGUCUCCUCAUGGAAAACAUUAAGAUUGUACUUCAAAUAUCUCAUAUUCAAGGGAAGAGGAUUCCAAUGCGAUAUCAAAGCACAGGACAUCACAGUCUCUAGACAUCAUGCCACCAUUAAAUUGACUGAUGGUAACUUCGUAAUCUAGGACAACAAAAGUAAAUUUGGGACUCUUGUAUCCAUAGACAAGAAAGUUUCUAUUGAUUGUGCUGCUUGUAGUUUGUAAAUUGGCAAAAUACUAAUCAAUCUUAUUUAAUCUGAUUAAAUUUAAAAAGGUAAGGUUCAAUUAAUGUAGGUGCUCCUUCAACCUAGCACAAACUUACUUAACUACCUUAAAUAAAUAAAUAAUUAGAAGAGGAUGAACCCCAAAUGGAUGAUGAUUCUUUUCAAUUAGAAAAUAAAUGAAAGUGACUUUUAUAUUAUUUUAAUUAUAUUUUUAUCUUUCCCC